GAGACAUAUGCAGGAUUAUAGAGCAAAACAGCGGCCACAGAAAGGAUUGCAAUCGCGUUCGUGGGUUUAUUUCAUGCACUGCACCUAAGAAGAAACCCGGAUUGCAUUUCCCUUUGGAAUUGGCAUUAAGAACUGUGCCAGAGUCCCCUUUGAAUUAAAUGUAAUGUGAGCAUCUACAGCAAUGUGGUCAUUUUCAUGCGGAUGAGCUACUGUUGUUGUGCCUUUCUCCCCCUUCCUAUUCUCCUUUCAUCAUAAUUCAAGAUCAUCUUUAAAUCAUUGGACUCUCCUAGACCUGUAUAUGAAGACGGAGUCCGGACCGUAAUGACCGCCCGCUUCCGGUUGCCUGCUGGCAGAAGUUACGAUGUGGGAGCGUUGGAGGACGUCAGAGAAAGACAGCACGCGCAGGUGGUGUGUAACGUUUUACUAUUGGACAACACAGUGCAGAGCUUCAGAGUCAAUAAGCAAGAUCAGGGCCGAGUCUUGUUGGACCUAGUUUAUAAACACUUGGAGCUAACCGAGCGAGACUACUUCAGCCUUCAACUAGCAGACGAUUCCUCUGACAGCCAGAGGUGGCUGGAUCCAAACAAGCCUGUUAGAAAACAACUGAAAACGCCGUCUCCACAUAAUUUGAUGUUCAGGGUGAAGUUUUUCGUGUGCGACCCCAGUAAACUACAAGAGGAGUACACAAGGUAUUUGUACUUUCUGCAGUUGAAACAGGAUAUUCUGACUGGAAGGCUUCCAUGCCCUCAGAAUACAGCAGUUCUUCUGGCUUCUUAUGCUGUUCAAGCUGAGUUGGGAGACUACAGUCACUCCGAACAUUUGCCCGGGUACCUCUCCGAGUACAGCUUCAUUCCCAACCCACCACAGGACUUUGAGAAAGAGGUUGCCAAACUUCAUCAAGAGCACAAUGGACUCACACCAGCUCAGUCAGAGUUUAACUACUUGAACGCUGCACAGACACUUGAGUUGUAUGGUGUGGAAUUGCACUAUGCUCGGGACCACUGUAACACCGAGAUUUACAUUGGAGUUUUGUCUGCCGGCAUCUCCAUCUAUAAGGACAGGGUACGAAUCAGCCACUUUCCAUGGUUGAAAAUUGUAAAAAUAUCUUUUAAAUCGAAACAGUUUUUUAUCCAACUAAGAAAAGAAAUGAAUGAGAAUAGAGAGUCUUUACUGGGCUUCAACAUGAUGAACUACAGAGCAUGUAAGAACUUAUGGAAGGCCUGCGUGGAGCACCACACCUUCUUCAGACUUGAGCGGCCCGUUCCUCCCGAGAGGAACCUCUUCCUGCAGUACUUCACCAUUGGAUCCAAGUUUCGCUAUUGUGGGAGGACAGAGGCACAGUCUGUACAGUACGGAAAGGAAAGGGGCAACAAGAACAGAGUUUUUGCCAGGUCACCGAGUAAACCUCUAGUUAGGAAGCUCAUUAGCGGUUUGGACUGGGAGACCGUCAGCAGGAAUUCUCUCUCGGACGAUCGACUGGAAACCCAGAGUCUGCCCAACCGUUCCCCACCAGACUCGCCCAAUCACAGUAACUCCGUGUUUACCGCAGAAGGCGCGCGGGUCAGGCCGUCCUCCAUUGGUCACCUAGUUGACCAUGUGAUCGACCACUCGCCAUGCCAGACAUUCACCAAUCACCAGUCUGCAUCGUCCACACAGGCCAACAGCAUCAGUCUGGACUCGACACCGUCUCCAGACGUAACGACUGAUGAACAGCCACCCGCACUGCCCCCAAAACAGUCUAGAAAAGACCGUCUCACCCACAAUGGCAGAUCACAGUCGCAACACGAGCUGGACGGCCACAUCAGCGAAUUGUACAACGUACCCGCGGCGUCAGGAAAGAGCAUGAAUGGAGCGGUACCUCAUGACAAUCUCGUUCUGAUCAAAAUGAGGCCUGACGAAAACGGGCGAUUUGGAUUUAAUGUGAAGGGUGGCGCUGAUCAGAGGAUGCCCAUCAUAGUGUCCCGUGUGGCUCCAGGAACUCCGGCUGAUAUGUGUGUGCCGCGGCUGAACGAGGGUGACCAGGUCAUGCUGAUUAACGGUCGUGAUAUCUCUGAGCACACUCAUGAUGACGUGGUUAUGCUAAUCAAAGCCAGCUGUGAGGACCAAUCAGGAGAGCUCAUUCUGCUCGUCAGACCCAAUGCCAUCUAUGAUGUAGAUGAAGAGCAGGAGAAGUUGGAUCUGGAACCGGAUUUCCAGUACAUUCCUGAGACUUCAGGUCUCGGCCAGACUCACUCCGAGGCCGACAGUCUGAAAUCCUCCAUGCAGGUGCUGAAAGACGGUCUGUGCAGCGGUACGGUUCUUGCACAGUUCGAUCAACUAUACAGGAAACGGCCUGGGAUGUCCAUGUCAUGUGCUAGAUUACCGCAAAAUGUCUCCAAAAAUCGUUACCGGGACAUUUCUCCAUAUGAUGCCACUCGAGUUGUAUUGAAGGGGGCGGAUGAUUAUAUCAAUGCAAAUUAUAUAAACAUGGAGAUUCCUUGUAAAAGUGAGAUAAAGCGAUAUAUCGCUUGUCAAGGGCCUCUUCCUGGUACCUGCUCUGACUUCUGGGAGAUGGUGUGGGAACAGAGCGCCGCCCUAGUGGUCAUGCUCACAACGCAAGUUGAACGCGGCAGGGUGAAAUGUCAUCAAUAUUGGCCAAACUUUUCUGCAAGUGGCACUUACGGGGGCUUCCAGGUGACAUGUGUAUCGGAGGAAGGGAACUCCGCGUACCUGCUCAGAGAUUUGACCCUUACACACCUGGAGAGUAACGAAGAGAGACACAUUUGUCAGAUGCAGUACUUGGCGUGGCCGGAUCACGGCGUACCGGAUGAUUCAUCAGACUUCCUGAACUUUGUCAGUCAUGUACGCAGCAAACGAACCGACACAGAUGAGCCGGUGGUGGUUCAUUGCAGCGCUGGGAUAGGUCGCACCGGCGUUCUUAUCACCAUGGAGACAGCGAUGUGUCUGAUAGAGAACGGGCAGUCGGUGUAUCCCUUGGACAUCGUAAGAACCAUGAGAGACCAGCGUGCUAUGAUGAUCCAGACUCCUAGCCAGUACCGAUUCGUCUGCGAAGCGAUUCUGAAAGUUUACGAGGAGGAGAUCGUAAAACCAUUUGAGACUGAAACUCCCAGUGAAAAGGAAGAUUGAAUGGUUCCCUUCAGUAUUGCUGAGGUUCUUCUGUGAUUUACAACUACUGCCAGUGAGAACUGCGCUCGGCUCGCUAUCUCCCCCUGCUGGACGAGGCCGCCUGCAAGCUAGAAUCCAGUCGAAAAAGCACUAUUGCACUUUACAACGACAAACAAUGACUUAAGGGGAUUUUUCGUUUUUUUUUUUUUAAAGUUUCAGGUAACUGAUUAAUAGGUACUGUUAAUAAAAAGAAACUUGCUUUUGCUUUCGUGCCAAAAGCUGAAAUGAGCCACAGUCCGUGUCAGAAUGAACUUUCGCAACUAACGACAACUUUUUACGUUUUCCUAGCUAUUUCUUUUUUUUAAACGAUGUACGUAAAAACAACGGGUGCUUACCCCUUUCUUUUGUCCUGACUGUGUCUGUUAUCGUGUUAACUGUUACGUUUAAAACUUGAAGUUGAAGUGUGUAACUUCUGCGCAACUAGUGGCACCAAACGGCAUUGAAGAAGUAAUGACAUUUUCAAACACUCGCAUUGGUCAAACAAACAGAUAGUCUCGCCCCAAACUCACGCUAUUGGUCGAGUCAACCAAUGCUCAAACGAACAGAGGAAUGUUUUGAAAGCACCUUGUUGCUUGUUGUCUCUGCAUAUUGAGUUGGGGUAAGCGAAAGUAUUUUAACAUUACACACUUCAGCUUUAAGUUUGAAUAACUUUAGUUUUUCUCUGAGGUAUUUCAACGAAAGCAGUCAGCCGCUGAACGAACUCUUCAGCUUUUACAAUUAGUUUUAGCCUCUGCGCUUUGGAAUAUUACAGUUCUCUCUAAAUUUACUGAAGUUAACAGGCACCAGCUUUGAGUCAGCUAUGUCGAAAAUGAGUCAUGCUGCCAAAUUUCACUGCUGUUUGCCUCAAACCGAUUGGUGGGCUGCUUUGAAUAAUUGACUAUUUAUUGCGAGGGCAUGAGUAGUAUGCAAAAUAACUGUCGUCUUUAUUGUUAAAUAUGCCACAGGCAGCUUUUUAGCUCUACGAUCCAUGUCAGCAGGGUCUUAGAAGGUUUUUAUUUGAAAUGUAAAGCUGUGAAUUUCACAUUUGCUUCAUUGACUGAGAUUGGAAACGCUUUUAAUCGAGAGGUAUUUUGGACGUUAACGUGUAGAAUGACAAUUUUCAAUAAGUCGUCCAUCGUUCCCUCUGGUCAGUUUGAACACGCAAAUUAGCAUUUUUAUCUUGCUUUCCUGUUCAAAUAUCUUAAACACCUUAAAACAAGAGAAAGUAAUUUGAGGAUUAACAUUGCACGAGAUAAUAAGACUUGUUUUCCUAACCUAAUGGCAAAAUAGUCACUUGUUUUUUUCGCUCAACUUUGUUGAGUUUAUGCUUAAAACAAGAAAAGAAGAAAAAAAAAGCUAUUUGCCAGCCAUAGAGCUAUUUUCUGAAACAAGCCUUUAAUAUUUGAUGUAAUUUUUCUUCUAAAGUUAAUUUAUCAUGUUUUGAUUAUGUUUAGAUGUUUGUUUGUUAUUACUGGAAAACGUGGAAAAUUCUGAUUAAAAUCUUAUUAUUAUUUCUUUAUUUUGUAAUUUUUUUUUGGCAGUGAAAAUCAUCAUACUGUCUCAUCUAUUUCCUCCAUGUUUGUGAUUAAAAUUUUCCUGACUUUUAUUGCAAGCAAUGGAUCAUCUUAAGGUUAUAUUUCACGUUCUUCACCGAGUAGAAAUAUCUCUGCUCCACUCCCUAAAGAGUACAAAUUGAAAUACUGCUUAUCAUUGAUUAUGCGUAUCAUGGACUAUCUCUUAUCUUACUGGUUACAUAUUAGCUACUGCCAACAAUAUACUCUAUCAUGUGUACGUGGUCAUUUCUGCAGCUGUAGAACACAGAUGAUGGCCUGGAUCUCAUAAAGUUUUAUUCACCGCAAGUGCAGGUGCAAUUUGCCAAAAUAUUACUAACCCUUGUGGAUCUGCACUUUUAGCCAGUAAUGAUCAUUGGGCCUUAUUCAUGAAAAGUGCAAAACAAAUCUCAUUGUAAAUUGUUCGUAAAACGUUCUUAUGGAAUUUGUCAAUGCUGCAAUUUACGCAAGAACGGUUCUACGAACAAUUUGCACAAAUUUGUUCUCGUGUUUCAUGAAUGAGGCCCAAUUAAUUUCACCUUAAAUAACUUUUUACGGUGCGUAAUCGUGAAACGUAAAGUUAUAAUUUUCCAUAUUUUUGAGGGAACAAAUGUUUUUGAAUUACGCCGCUGACAGAGCAUUUACCUUUUUAACGCGACGCUCCAGAUCAUCUCAAUUGUUUAUAAACAUUUUACGAACAUGACUUCUAUGGCACUUCUGGUCGAUAAAGAGCUAAAGUACGUUGUACAAUGUUUCGCGGUGCCGUUGUGUAAACUAUUUGGCAUCAAGGACCAAUCUCGCCCACCGUUUUGAAUGUGAGCAGAUUUUGCUUCAGUGUACGUCGUUAUAGCGCAGCAGAUAGAUAUUUACUACCAAUGUCUCAUUGGAAGUGGUGGUAUUUUUGUAUUUAAAGAAAAAAAUCAACGAAAAAAGGACAGCACUUUGCAACUCAACGCGGUUAUCCGCUGUGCUACUGUAGAAUUUAUACUGUAAUUGUGAGAUGGGGAAAAAUAUGCUGUUUAAUUAUAUUUAUGUUGGACAUUUUGUCGAAUACAGACACCUGCGGGGGGG